CCCUCCCCGGGGAUGGUGAAUUGAAUGUUUUUGCUUUCCCUCUCUGCACAGAGCUCUUGUCGAGUCAAUGAGAGACCUCCACAAGUCUAGCGUGCUGGGAAGCAAGCACGGCAGCCUGAUGUCAUGGCGCCCGCAGUACCGCAGCUCCAAGUUCCGCAACGUCUACGGGAAGGUGGCGAGCCGGGAGCACUGCUUUGACGGCAUCCCCAUCACCAAGAACGUCCACGACAACCACUUCUGCGCCGUCAACGCCCGCUUCCUCGCCAUCGUCACCGAGAGCGCCGGCGGCGGCUCCUUCCUCGUCAUCCCGCUCGAGCAGACAGGCCGGAUCGAGCCAAACUACCCCAAAGUGUGCGGUCACCAGGGCAAUGUGCUCGACAUCAAGUGGAACCCCUUCAUCGAGAACAUCAUCGCCUCGUGCUCCGAGGACACCUCGGUGCGGAUAUGGGAGAUCCCCGAGGGCGGCCUGAAGAGGAACAUGACAGAGGCCGUCCUGGAGCUGUACGGGCACAGCCGGCGCGUCGGCCUGGUCGAGUGGCACCCCACCACCAACAACAUCCUCUUCAGCGCGGGCUACGACUAUAAGGUCCUCAUCUGGAACCUGGACAUCGGGGAGCCCGUCAAGAUGAUCGACUGCCACACGGACGUCAUCCUCUGCAUGUCCUUCAACACGGACGGCAGCCUGCUGGCCACCAGCUGCAAGGACAAGAAGCUGCGGGUGGUGGAGCCGCGCUCCGGCAGGGUGCUGCAGGAAGCCAGCUGCAAGAACCACCGCGUCAACCGCGUGGUCUUCCUGGGCAGCACGAAGCGGCUGCUCACCACGGGGGUCUCGCGCUGGAACACGCGGCAGAUCGCCCUGUGGGACCAGGAGGAUCUGUCCAUGCCCCUCAUCGAGGAGGAGAUCGACGGGCUGUCGGGGCUGCUCUUCCCUUUCUACGACGCGGACACCCACAUGCUGUACCUGGCUGGCAAGGGUGACGGCAACAUUCGGUACUACGAGAUCGGCUCGGAGAAGCCCUACCUGAGCUAUCUCAUGGAGUUUCGCUCCCCGGCCCCGCAGAAAGGACUGGGGGUGAUGCCAAAGCAUGGGCUGGACGUGUCGGCCUGUGAGGUCUUCCGCUUCUACAAGCUCGUCACCCUCAAGGGGCUCAUCGAGCCCAUCUCCAUGAUCGUGCCAAGAAGGUCGGAGACGUACCAAGAGGACAUCUACCCCAUGACCCCGGGCACGGAGCCAGCCCUGACGCCGGACGAGUGGCUGAGCGGGGUGAACAGAGAUCCCAUCCUGAUGUCGCUGAAGGAGGGCUACAAGAAGACGUCCAAAAUCGUCUUUAAGGCGCCGGCGAGAGAGAAGAAGGGCGUCGUGGUGAACGGCAUCGACCUGCUGGAGAACGUGCCGCCGCGCACCGAGAACGAGCUCCUUCGGAUGUUCUUCCGGCAGCAGGACGAGAUCCGGCGGCUGAAGGACGAGCUCUCGCAGAAAGACAUACGGAUCCGGCAGCUACAGCUGGAGCUGAAAAACUUACGCAACAGCCCGAAGAAUAAUUAACUUCCAGGGACGUUUUAUAAAUAAACUUUCUUUGUUUAUACUCGCUCUUUAAUUUUAUUGUAUCCACUUACACAGCGUAUGAGCCAGAAGCCGAGUGACCUGCCAAGAGCCCAGAUGCUAACUGGAAAAAACGUCCUCAUAGCCUCGUCUAGCACUAAAAACGGCCUCCGCGCCCUAAGCGACAGCCACCGCAUGAAGGGGAGCCGGGCAGUGCUUGCACCCCCUCGCUCCUCGGAGUCGGUAGGCGAGCAGCGUCUUCUCCGUCGGGGCCGGGCGCGAGGGUCCCUAGGAAAGCACCCCGGGGUGCCUCGCUAUUGAUUUUCUCCUAUGCAAGGUGUGACAGCGAUGCCCAUCGCUACGGGGCUGGGAUCGGGUCCGCGGGGCUGGCGCAGGGCGGGCAGGGCCCCCGCCCGGCUGCACGCAGACCUCGCCUCUGAAACCAAUAAAAAUUAAAAAAGGAAAAAAAAAAAAAAAAGAGAGAAAAUAAAAAUAAAAAGAGGCUGGGUUUCCUAGACAGAGAGGGAUUUUUUGCUCCUCAGCCCUCUGCAAAGCGGGACUUAACCGCCUCCUUUCCCCCGGGACGCGUGCCAAGCGCCCCGGGGAGGGGCUGGACGGGUGCAGCACAUGUGUGCAGUCACAGUGGUUGUGAGCUAGGCCUCUAGCACAGGGAAAGAACCAAAUACUGCUCGUUUUUCUCUCUCUCUCUUUUCACUGUGUCCAGUUGCUGAGCUGCCUAGCACUGCCAGCGCGCCGGUUUCUCCUCCCUGUUCAUCUCCUUGUGCCCCGUCCCCGACGCUUCCCUGUCUCUACGUUCCAUGUGCUGUCAUUGCCUGUUAUUUAUGCUACUACGGAAUAGUGACAAAAUAAAAGGUUUUCAAGAUACCAAA